GUCUCCGACUUUGGUGGCAGUCUUCCUCGUGGGCCUUCUCUGGCCCAGGGCGAACGGACCAGGAGCACUGGCGGGAAUGAUCGUGGGCUUCACGGUUGGCAUCGCCAGGUUUGUGGCAACUCGUAUCGUGACCUGCGACGAGGGCGACACCUACAGCCUCACAUGUAUGCAGUUCAACCACAUGGCCAUGAUCCUCUUUGCUGGGCCCUGA